AAAGGCAGAGACAACAGCUGGCUGUCAGCAGCGGAGCAGAGAGGAGCCGAGCGAGCAGCGAGCCGCAAGCCAGGAUGAGGGGAGAGAUGACGUGAAAGUUUAAGAAGACGAAAGAAAAACAAGAGGAGAAGCAGAGCCCGCGGUCGGGAGCCGAGAACAGAAAACACAAAUCAUUUCACCUCUGCCUCUUCCACCAUCUCUUAGAAUGGAAACAAAAUUGAAAACCUGUUGACACAGAAUCCUGCAGCACGAAGGAUAAAGCAGCCGUUCUGGAGAAGCUCACUUGGGCAUAAAGCCUGGAGAGGUUGUGACAGAAUGUCUUCUGAAGGCUUUCUGAAGGAAGUUCAAGCCAUUGCUGAGAAGUUUCUCCUUAAGCUCCAGAAACUGCCCAAGGCUGAGCCAGUGGAGAUUGUCAGCUUUUCUGUGGUUCUUCUGUUUAUUGUUACUGUGCUGGUGCUCACGAUCAUUGCUUGCAGUUGCUGCUGCUACAGCUGCUGUGGCUGUGAUGGACGCCCUGAUCCCAGACGCAAGAGCCAAGUCAGCCCAGCUGCCCAUUUAUGAAGUGACACAAGGACAUGCU